CAAAAGUUGUACGUAGAUUAGUUACGAAAAUGGAAUCGAAAUUUGUAUAUAUAUAACUUUGAUGACUACCACUGUACUGUACGAGUAGUAGGUAUAGAUCUAGAAUUCUAGAACCAGAUCUAACUACAAGUAUAAUUCUAUAUUGCAAAGCAACUUAAAAUGGAGGAAAGCGAUAAAACACUUUCAUCGUCUUGUGCAUAUUGUGAAGAAAAUGUUGCUGAUUGGAAUGAAAUCCUUUGCUACAAGUGUGAUAUUUGUGAGAAAUAUGUGCACUAUGGCUGUAUUCGGAGUAGCCAGCCAUCUCCUCUCUUGGGGGACACUUUUUUCAGUUUUAAAUGUGAAAACUGUGGAGAUGAAAAGAAAGAAGAAUUUGAGCGCAUCAACAUUUCUUGGCUCAACGUUGUCCUGUUAACACUUUAUAAUCUUCAGAAAACUGGGCAAGGAAAAUGUGGUUUCUUUCAUUGGAAAAACCAUAUCUGUGUUUUUAUUGAAACACAUUGGACAACAUUCUUUGGUUUCUCAAGGAAGAGAACAACAUUAUGGAUGGGAACUGUAGCUGGAACUUUGUCUUCUGGCUGUCCACAUCAUUUCAUUUCAGGGGCAAAAGUUUUGGAACAGGGCUAUUGGCAGUUAGCAGUAUUUAAGCCCCCUUUGCCUCGUUCUGAAAAGAAGAAAACUUGUAAAAAGAAAAGCCAUAUCACAGAGACUCCGGUGGAACUAUUUCCUGAAAGCAGAAGGUGCAAGCGAGCUGCUGAGAAUUCAUUGGUGGCAGCUAUUCAGUUAAAAGAGAAAAGAACAACUUUAACAGCUCCUAACAAGAAAAACUCCAAUGUUUCAAAAGAUGAUCAGUCAUCUCUGUCUUCCCCAUCUCACCAAAAAAAGGAGAAAGUUGGCAAAAGAAAGAAAGUUUCUCAAAUGUCUACCUCAUUUGUGAGUAAUAGUGUUAGCACAACAGAUCUCAACUCUUCACUGGAAGGCCUUGGUGGAUUGUGCACCUCAGAUGACAGUAACAGCAUGCCAUCCUCUGAGUUGUCCAUCACUACAUCCUCUUCUUUCUCCUCAUUGCAACACUCACCGAGAAAUUUCAGAAACACUCAAGAUCUUGUGGAUGUGGCAGUAGAUGAAUAUGAUGACCUUGACAUUGAUAUAGGCUCAACGACUAUGUCAGAUGGUAUAUUUGAUUUGAGGCCUCAAAGUCCUGACAUUUCAGAUAUUUUUUAUAUGGAAAGCGAUUCUGCAAGUUUUUCAAGCAAUGCUCCAUCCUGUUCAAUAAAACAUUCAGGAACCCCCCUUCAAGAGAGAGAUGAAGAAGUGAUCAAACAGGAGCCCCAGUCUGAUACAGAGUCUGAAGACCCUAGUGAAGAGGAUGGAGAGGACUCACAAAUUGAUGGUUCUGGGGAGAAUGUGUCCAAGACUGGUUCAGCGUCAAAUGUUGAACAAGAGAAGAGCACAAACAAAGGAAGGCCACGUAAAAGAAGGCGCCUGGAUGAUGCUCAGCCUAUUGAGCCACCUAGAUUAAAACGAGUCAGUGUUUUUGAGGAAGGGGAACUUCUUCAAAAGCUCAAUUUGUUGGCAUCAAAGCAAACCUUGAAACCUGAACUUGCACAACUCAGGCGAAAACUUAUUUGUAAUCAGACCAAUCGUGAGUAUGGUUUACCUGUGUUUGAUUUGGAGAUCCAAAUGGAAAAAUUAGCUAAAAUGGAGUCUCUGCCUAAGGCUCCUGAAAGUGAUGCUAAAUCUUUUUUCCCAAAGCUUUCAAUCAAGUCAGAUCAAUUCAAGGAGACUCGAGACUUAGAUAGAUUUAUGAUGCAUUCUAGUGAUAAAAGAAAUGAGCAUAGGACCUACACCAGUUUUCAACAAAGACUUGUUGGUCUUGCAGACCAUGAGUUAAAGCCAGUUGUCAGUCCUUACACCACCAGGGUUCUUUUGCCAUUUAUUUGGCGCAAUUAUAAUGCCAGCAGAAAGCCAUUAAAGAUGAGAUUAUUACAAGAAAUUCAAGCUUAUCCCCACAAACAUGAUCCGUCCUGGGUUGCUCCGCCUUGUCCCCCUAUAGACUACUGUUAUGUCAGAGCAGAGCACAUUCCAUCUGUCAAUGCACUGUGUAGGGAACAUUUUUGGCCUGGAAUUGACAUGUCAGAGUGUCUUCAGUACCCAGACUUUAGUUGUGUUGUUCUCUACAGGAAAAUUGUGAUAGCCUUUGCUUUCAUGGUUCCGGAUCGAGGCUACAAUGAAGCCUACAUAUCCUUUAUUUUUACACAUCCAGAGUGGAGGGGUGCAGGAAUUGCCAAGUUUAUGUUGUAUCACCUUAUUCAGACUUGUAUGGGUAAAGAUGUCCUGCUUCAUGUCUCUGUCACCAAUCCUGCAAUGUUGCUGUAUCAAGAGUUUGGUUUCAAGUGCCAAGAAUUAAUACUCAACUUUUACUAUAAAUAUUUCCCACUCAAUUGUAAAGACUCAACACACGCAUUUCUUAUGAGGCUCAGUAGAUGAUAUUUGUACAGUUUUAACACAAUAAACUAUUUUGUUAACAAUU